ACCUUUUCACACACAUAUAUAUAAAAGUCAUCAAGUGACCUGCCUUAAAGAAAGGCUGACUGAAGACAGGUCUCCUGGGGUAGCUGAGGAGAGCCACCGCCAUGAUCCCCACGCUGCUCUUGCUGGGCCUCAUGGCCUUUGUUGCUCCAUCCAUGAGUUACAGUUGCUAUGGUGAUAUAAGUGCUCUUCAAGCCCCCACAAUCUCCUGUAAAGCUGUAAGAGCCCCGGACUGUGGACUUGCCACGAUACGGAAGACUGCUGAGGUAGACAUCGUACGCCUGAGGAAAUAUGAGGUCCCAAUUAAGAGAGUAGCCACAAACCUGUGUUUGGACCCUGCACUCAUUGCUGCCAUCAUCUCUCAGGAGAGCCGAGUGGGUCAGCUCCUGAACAACGGCUGGGACCAGGAUCGGCGCAAGUUCGGCUUGAUGCAGCUUGGCCGGCAGCAACACCCUUUUGGAGUGUGGGACAGUGAAGAACACAUAAAUCAGUGCUCAACUAUCCUGGUUCUUGCAAUUAAUGAAGUACGGGCAAGACAUCCUACCUGGACCUGGGACAGGCAGCUGAGAGGGGGAAUCUGUACCUACCGUGCGAAAAUGGGGAACCACAUUGCCUACGAGGACGACCCGUGUGGCAGAGACAGCUACUACGCCAACAGCGUCAUCAGCAGAGCCCAAUACUUCAAGAGUCACGGGUUCUAGAUGUUAAUCCCACCCCACCACCGAGCCUCUCCCCUACAUAGGCUAUCCCAGUAGUGAUUGUAAUACCCAGAGCAAUUCCCGAGGGUUCCUGGCAGGACUGGUGCCGAUGGCAAUGCCCACCAAGGCACACUCUAGCUCCCCACUCACCUACGGGCGAGCUCAGUGCUGCCCUCCAGGGGAACAUCAGAGGUGACAAACCAGAAGCUCGGGUACUUUGACUGGCAGACAGGCAAAUUAGCAAUGCUUAAUUACGAACAAUGCUUAAUUCCUGUGUGGAGAUGAACCCAGGGCUGUCUGUGCAUCGCUCAGGUGUGGGCACACAAGCAUCUCUUCUUGGGCAUUGCUUGUGCUCUUCACAUGUUCCAUCUCCUUCCCUCUCCCUUUCCCCAACCAAUAAGGGAGAGAAGCCUCUGAGCUG